AUGGCCGAUAAACCAAAGGUUAACUUGUAUGCGAUCUCCGAGCUCAAGAACACUACCGACGAUGCCAUUCCACCUUACAUGAAGUCUCUCGGCUUCAAGCAAUCCAACAUCUACACGGACGUGCGUCUAGCGAUCGGCUUCACCGCAUGCGCGAUAGCCGGCGCAACCUUCUACUUCGACUACACCGUCGCGAACUUCGAGAAGACCAAGGAAUACACACUGUACGCCGUCGUCGCGUACUUCGUUCUCAACACCAUCUUGACGUGGUGGAUAUGGGGAGUUGAGGGCAGCAAGGUGUUUGUCGGCGAGCGCAACGGGGUCAAGAUCGUCCUCGAGAGCUCCUCCGAGAAGUACACGCCCGUCUACGAGCUUAAGGUCACUAAGACCGAGAAGGGAAAGACAACCACUACGACAGCAAAGAACCCAUUCUCGGGCUGGUAUGAUCAGCAGGGAUACUUUGUCGAGAAGCCGUUCAUGGCGUUCCUGCAGAACACGAUUCCGGGACUUUCGAGUGUGGACGAGGUUACCAAGGCGAACUAG